AAUUCGACUAUAGUUCACUCUUUUUUCGGAAAAUAUUCUCUUUUCUCUUGCUUCAUUUUCUCUCACUUUCUUGAGAAAAAAAUGUAUCGCGGAAAGUGCCAGAAAAUUCGUCAGAUCGUCAGGAUCCGACAAAUGCUCAAGCAGUGGCGAAGGAGUGCCCGGAUAACGGCUAACAGAAACAACGGUAAUAACGAACACGCGCCGUCCGAUGUUCCUUCUGGACACGUGGCGGUCAUAGUGGGCAUCAGCAUGAGGAGAUUUAUCGUACGCGCGACGUACCUUAACCACCCCAUGUUCAGGAACCUCCUCGUACAAACCGAAGAGGCGUACGGUUUCAGCAACGAUGGACCGUUGACGAUCCCAUGCGACGAGUCGUUCUUCGAGGAGAUUCUCCGAGUCGUAUCCCGAUCCGACUCAUCGUCAACAUCGGGCCGUUUCUCCAAAUUCGAGGUUCUCCAGAGAUGCUGCCACGUAGGCAUGAAGAACAAAGUCGGUUUUUUCAGCGAAACCCGACCGUUGCUUCAUGCGGUUGCCGAUAAAUCAGUAUACUAAUAGCUAAAGCAAGCGCAAUAAAACACAGCUAAUCAUCCUUGGUGAGUUGGUGGACAACUGUGUUACCUGAAUUGGAAGCGCUAAUAGGAAUCAGUUAGUAUUAUUUUAUUUGAGUGAUUAGCGGGUAAUUUUAAGGGUUUUUAUAUAUGGAGAUGGCAAAGAGGGAUUGUUUUUACCGAAUCAUCUCAAGUGGAAAGAGUAAAAAAGCUUAAUCAUAGUAUUAACUAUGUCUUGUAAAUCCUGUGACUUUGAUUUUAUUAAUCCUAGGAAUUUCACAGAUAUUUUGUCCAAAAAAAAUA